AUGGCGACUCCGAUCGGUUCUCCCCGUGUUCCUUCGACUGUCGGUUCUUCACUAGUGACGCCAGUUGCUCGGGAUGUCGUGGAGCCCGAUGAUAGUGCCCACGCAUCUCGCUGCACUGCGCCCGCCUCGCACGCUUCGCUCGCUCGCUCUGCUUCGCUGCUUGCUUCGCCGCCUGCUGAGGACGAUCAGAGAGCUCAGCAUCAUGCGCCGCCUUUGCCAUGCUCUGCUGCUGCUGCUUUCGCAACGCCCGGCACGAUGCCCGCCGGCAUGCUGCCUGCUUCUGCCACCGCUCGUGCUUUGCCUUUGUUGCCUGCCUUUUCUGCGUCCGCUGCUCCUGCUGCUUCCGCACCUGCCCUUCUUCCGACCGAUCUUUCAGCUUGUCCUCUGUCCCUUCGCGGGGAUCCAGAGGGCGCUCGGGCCCUUUUUGGGUCCGGGCCGGACGGCCGUGGUCCACCGAUUUCGGACCCGGCGUCCUUCCGCCCACCGCGCCCCGAUUCCUAUGGGCCGGUGGCUGGCCGCGGUGGAGCAUUGCUCCCCGAUGUGCCCAUGAGCGAGCAUCCGGGUGCACCCCAUGAUUCCGUCGCACCGAUUACCGCGGCGGGUCAUGGUGGUGCCGCCCCCGCCAUCGAUAACGGCGGGUGGCAUACCGGACCCUGUGCUGUCAGGGCCCCGGUCGAUGAAGCCAUUGGGUCGGAAGCAUCCGCGCGUAUCGCCACCGAUAUUCUGGCGAUCGCGCAGGGUGUGACCGACACCCAGGCCGACCUCGAUAUACUGAGGAACGGCGUCUCGGAUGUCACCGAAGCGCUUGAGAGCAAGAUCCGAGACAUGUGGGAGCUUCUUCAGGCCGAGUUGAGGAAGGAGCGUGAGCUGUUCAUGCAGUUUCAGAACUCUUUCCGCGAGAGGCGGUUUUCUGAUCACGAAACGCUUGAAGAUCGUUUCGCGAGGCUCACCUCGACGAUCAAUGAUCGACUUAUUGAGUUCGAUGAGCGGAUCCAUCAGUUCAACGAAAAGCGGGCUGGAUCGCUAUCCAUGCAGCUUGCCGAAACGAUCCGCCACAUCAAGCAGUACCCAGACGCGCUGAGGCAAAUUCAGAUCAAUAUCUCAAAUGCUGAGGCGCGUAUCGCUACGGUUGAGCAGAAUGCUACUCACCGUAUCGAGGUCAUUAGAACCGAAAUGAGCCGUGCUCUCUACGAUCAUAAGGAGAGUAACCGUGUGCUCAUCGAUCAGCUCACCGCUCGCGUUCAGCAUCUUGAGAGCUCUCAUGUCCGCAGGGGUGGUUCUGACAUGUCAACGCCUUCGCGUCCGGAACGGACGCAGUUCUUCGACAUCAGUGACCAUGAUGGGGAUAUCCCACGUCCCGCGGACUUGCCGCCAGUUCCUGGUGCUCUAUUCCCUGGCGGACCGACUACAGCCAUUCCGAGAUCUUCUUUGCUGGGUCCGAUUGAUCAUGGCUCUCCGCCGGGAUGCAAUGCUGCGCCUGCUGAAAAGGCCUCAACGGUGCACUCUCAGACGAGUGGCAUCAAUCUUGAUGACAUUCUGAGACGCGCGCAGCAACGAGUCGCUGCUGAUCAGCCUUCUGAAAGUCGCGGGCAAAAUAAUCCUGUUGAGCCCGUCCGACAAAAUUAUGGCCAAACGUCUGUCUCUUUUUCAGGAAGAUCUCCGAUUCCGACCGUUCCGUCCGCAAAUGCCGCCGGAGCGACAUCCGGCCAAAUUCCGAGUGUCAGACCUUUCCCUGUCGAUGAUGAUCUGGCCAGUCGCAGUGGUGUCCGCUAUGACCCUGAAUCCCAGAGAUUUGCCCCAGAGCCCAAGCGGAGCCCCACAUUUCCGUGCCAGAUCUCAUAUGAUACGCGAACUGUUCCGGCAGGAAAGGGACCUUCAAGGUGGUAUGAUGCAAUGCUUGGCCGAUCCAAUCUCAUUGGCAGCGGUUCUGGUGCACCCGUUCUUCAAAGCGGGACUGGUACCUUCACGCUAGCACCGAACGCAAGCGUCACUGGGACACUGCGACCUGCUGCCACUGAUGAUGUCGAUGGAUGGACUAUGCCUCCGAUGCCCACCUUUAAUGCUAGAACAUCCGCUCCUGCACCCAGUGCUGCGCCAUCCGGAUUAGGCGGACCUCCGUCCGCGCCUGGCGGUGACGGUGGCUCUUCCGGUGGUGGUGGCCCCAACGAUAACGGGGGUGCAUAUGGAGGUGGAUUUGGUGGACAUGGACACCAUGGGUCCGGCUUCGGCCCUGGUGGCGGUGGUGGACCGCCCAGUGGCCCGCCCAGUGGCCCGCCCGGCGGUGGUGGCCCUCCUGAUGGGAAUGGCCCGCCUGAUGGUGGACUUGAUCCGCCUAGCAUCAGGCCCUCCGGCCGGCCGAGUGGGAAUGACACUUUCCAGUGCGAGCGCUGCACCGGAACUUUCCCGAACACUGUGCGGCGAUCGUGCAUAUCUUGCCGAUUCUCGUGUUGCAAUGGAUGUUGCCGAGAUCCUUUGAGAAUUUGUCUCGUGUGUCUUGAGAGACAGACAGGGAAUCCGCCUGGUCCCAACGAUGCGGGAUUCGGUGGACCCAAGGGCGACGGAUCGCUGAACGAGGCUAAGAAGGCAAAAUGCAAGUCCUUCCGACUCGAUCCCGAACCCGAGCCUGCUCAGUUGCGGCGUUGGAUCGUCGACAUGAAGGAGCGAGUUGCAAAUGCAUUCUCAUACGAUCCCGGAUACGCACUCUCAUGGGUUGAGAUUCCCGAUGGCACACGAUAUGAGGAUCUCCUUGAUGAGUGCAAGUAUGGAAUGCUUGAAAAUGAGUGCAACUCUGCUUUCCGUGAGUGCGUCCGAUCUAUUGCACUUAAGAGUAAGAUCCAGACCGAAACCGAGCGCAUGCAUACGAUAAACCGGCGACUCGGAAGUAGGCAGAUCUUGUGGCUAUUGUAUGAUUUCCUUCGGCCACAUGUUACUGGCGAUUCGACUUUCAAGCUCGUUGACCUGAUGAAGACCACGAUUGAUCGGUUUACUCAUGGAUCCGAGCAGGAAAGGCUGGAGGCAUUCUCCAAUCGGUGGGAUCAUGUUCUCGCUGGUAUCUCUGUCGAUCGCCCCGAAGAUCCUGUCCUCUGCGCCCUCUUUUACGAGCAGGUACGUGAGUUCCGCUGUCUCGAGCUUGACAUGCAGCUAUGGGACAGAGACGUAUCCGUACGGAACUACGCAUACCUACGAACUGUCUGUGUCAAUGCGAUUACAACUUGGCGCCGACGACGCAAUCAGGAGAAGAUGUACACCGCUACGAGGUCUACUUCUGCGCAGAGACGAUACGAGAGCGAGUCCGUACCGAAGGAGCUCGCCGAGGCGCUCGUCACCCAGACGAUCCUCCCCGCGACGCGGAUCGCCAAGGCGAUAUUCCCGCAGUCCGGGACGAGCGGCUCCUGCACCGACUCGCCCGAUGUCGCGAUCCCCGCGAGGAAUUUGAACUAUUCGUGGCCGGAAGAUAUCCGUGGUCUGAAUAGUGCUCGCGAGAGGCGAAGGGCACACAUGAAGGCUGUGCUUUGGCGAGAGCAGGUUUUGCUUGAUGACGUUGAUGCCAAAACGCUAGGAAAUGAUGCUUGUGUUCUUGAGCUCACGCUUUCUCAGCGGAGCGCAUGCGAGGUCUUUGCUGCUGCUGUCAAGUCUAUUAAGAGGGUCCGGAGACUGAUGCUCGAUUCCGGUUGCGGUAUAGACCUUAUUGGUCUCGGUGAUCUGUCCCGCGAAGAAAGGGAUCUGAUAGUUCAGAAUGCUAAGAUCAGCCUUAGGACCGCCAAUGGAAAGACUAACACCAAAGGCGUUGCGCAUAUGCGCAUUGACGGCCUUGAUGAGCUGAUUGAAGCAUAUGUGCUGGAAAGCACACCAAGCCUUCUUUCCCUAGGGAAGCGAUGCAAGGAGCUUGGGUACCGAUUUAUCUGGGAACCAUUUUGCGAUCCGAUAUUCUUCGAUCCCAAAGGGAGACAGCUUAAGAUUGAUGUUAUCAAUAACAUCCCCUACCUCGCUCCGAGUGAAACCGAGGUAGUGGCGGGUCGACCUGAUCUCCCCCGUGUCUAUCCGGCACUCCCAGCACCGAUCAUUAUCCACGAGAAAAUUGUGGCUGCGGGUGAAGAGCCUGUGGGCGAGCUGGACGAGAUCGGAGAGCUCGAUCUUGAUAUGCCCGGUGCUAAAGGUGAUCAGAAAGGCGCACCUGACGAUAACAAGAAGGUCUUCGGCGAUCUUCAUGAUGUGAACUCGUUCUCCAUGGAUGUGGAGAGAAGGUAUGCACCUUCUGCGAUCCGGGAAAUCUACUGUGAUAAAGCCCGUGAGUUCAUAAUCGACCUGCAAGAGGGGCAAAGUGCAUAUUCGCUACGAUUUGAUGGCGCCGAAUUUGACGGUCAGAUUCUCCCAUUUGGAUGCCUUGUGGACUUCUACCCCACGCCGGCACGGAAACAGACCCGGCGUAGCCAGAAGGAUGAAGUCGUGCUUGGCGAUGGUGAGGAAUAUGCCGUACCUGCACCUGGGGAUGACGGAUUGGUCGAAGUCGAAGUUGGAUUCGAUGAUGAUGGUUAUCUUGAAUGGAUUGACGAUGGAGAUGACGAUCGAUCUGGAUCCCUUCAUGGACCCGACAUCGAUCAACGCCUAUCAUCCUACCAGCGCCCCAGUAAGUUCUCUCCCACGAGCAAACCCGGCAUAUUUCUGGGUUACCACUUCGAGAAUGGGGGCAAGUGGGACGGUGACUAUAUGGUCGCUGACCUUGAAGACUUCAAACGUGACGCACUACGUGCAAGCGUCCAUCAGGUCAAGAAGAUAUACUGCUCACCCAAGGAGCAAUGGACAUUCCCGAUGCUGGCCGUGUACGAUAAACAGACACGAUCAGUAUGCAUCAACGAUCCCGCGAUGCACUCGAAUGUGCCGAAGCCGAGUGAGCGUCUUGACGCAUCCGAUAUGCUCGAUCUCGAAGAUAUUGAUGAAAUCUUCGCCCUUGACGAGUCAACGCGAAUGACCGAUGAAGACAUUCGCCAGGCUCGCGAGGCUGAAUUGCGAGCAGAAUCCUCUCACGGAGGAGGUGCUGACUACUGGGAGUAUGAUCCAUCUGCGCAUAAGUGGACGUAUCACGUUGUUGUUCCAAGAAAAGCGAUGGUUCAUCCCAGUAAGACUCCCGGUUCCAUCGGGGAGUCGCCUGAUCCAUGGAAGCUAAGCACGGUGCGCAUAUCACAUGUCCAAUACAAGGACAAAAGCCCGGUUACGAUCUAUGAGACCGGGUAUGCCUUCGGCAAGACAAGGCUCAUGCAGCUCUGGACCGGCACUGUCGAAUUUUAUGAUGAUGGCUACGCCCCACCCAAGAAGAAGUUACCUCCUUACCACGGGUCGGAGAUCCUGGAGGGCGAGGGGGGUUUGCCUUAUCGUCAGAAUGUGCCGCGUUCCGAGCGUGCCUAUAAAGGGUCGCGAAAGCCGAAUUCUAUCGACUCAGAAUCCUGGCGCAGCAUGAACCGCGCCGAACGGGAGGGAUAUGUAGAGGCUGAGCGCCGGGAAGCUGAAUCUCGUGCCAUGUCCCGUGAGGAUUCUCGCGAUGCCGCUCCUGUUGACAUCGCUUAUGAUUCAGAUUACGAGUCGGGUGCCGAACGGCAUGAUAAGGAUUACUGGUAUCAUGAUGUCGCAGCUGGCACGAUCACCCGAUUUCAUGUGAUCGAACGCCGAACGCGCUUCAACCCUACUUCUGUCAAAGACUGUCCCGUUGAUCCUGCAACAUUGACCGACGUCAGGAUGACUAUGGCCAUGACUGACGGCACCGAAUUUACCUUGCAGGACUCGUGGAGAUCCUCUGACACUCGAUCUCUGCCGUGUCGAUGGACAGGAAAGACGGUCUUCGUUAUCGGUUCUUCCGCCAAAACGCAGAUUAAAGUUCGAACCCGUGUACCGAACACCGUAAACACGGGGCGCCGCGUGCAGACAGCGAAUGGCUAUUAUGGACACGCAUUGCGUGCAAAGAGCCGUGCUGUCGUGCCUGCCAAAUCUCGCGUCUGCGUUGUUACGGAUCUUGAGUUUGAGCCCCCGGGUGGUAUGUCCGCCCGUCUUCAACCGCUCCGCGGCAGUGGCCUCGAUGUUUGCCCGGCCAUGUACACAUAUAAUGAAGGGGCAACUCAGUCUGGUGUUGACGUCUUCAAUCCUACUGACAACGAUGUCGUAGUCGAGCCUGGACAAGACGUUGCGGUAGUCCAAUUCUACACAUCAGUGCUGGCAGCGGUUGAACUCGGUUUCACCGCAGACGAUGUGGGAGAUGAUGUUUCUGCACCGGUUGAACCGCCAGAUGACGGUCAGGCUAUUGAUACAGAACCCAAGAAGGCGUUUCCCGAGCUGACUUUUGGCGAUCGAGGCACCAGUGCCGCGCAGGGCUCUGUUGGUCCUCGAGAGAUUCGAAUGAUCAAAUACGAUAUGCGGUCAUUCAUGGAACAAUGUGUUUCUCGCUAUGUUGAGCUCUGUGGUCCUAAGUAUAAAGCCACUUUGCGAUCGGCUGACACGCCGUUCCUCGACGAAUCGCGACCGGAGUUCGACACCAAUCCGGAUCGCCCUGAUGUAAACCGCCUGAUGGGCCAUCCCGUUGACACGCCUGUCCCUCCUGGUAAAGGCGUUCUCGGCGAUUGUGCAGCCGCCGUCCUGAUGAAGAUCUUGUAUGGUGCUCGCAUGGGGCGAUACGAUUUGAUUCGUCCGGUGCAGGCGCUUGCCAGUCUCAUCACCAAGUGGGAUGGCUUAUGUGAUAAGGAAGGCCUUCCGAGCGGUCCGAUCGCACCGACUACGGAAAGGCCUCCUGCUCCGCCGAUUCCCACGGAGCAGGAUGACUCCAACAUGGGUACCGAUGAUGUCCCUGUUCCGAUUCAGACCCCGAGAGAUGAGUCUACAGGGGGUGGAAAGCGCUCCGAGGACGUUCCGAUAGGAUUGAAGAUGAGGACGAUGAUACUGAAGAUUGGGGUCCAAGAGAUCCCCCAGGCCUCAAUCUGGCAACGCCUCGAGCAGCUGACAUGCAACUCUGGGUACGAGUUUAAGCUGCAUCAGCUGGUUGACUCCUUCCUUCUCACUACUCAUCCGCUUGCGGAUAAGCAGAGGAAGCAGUACCCCCAAGAGUUUAUGGACUUCAUCGACCGAUAUAGGGUGAUGUGCGCUCUUGCAUUUUCCCAAGUGGCGAGGCUAUCCGGUGACGCUGCGGGGGUCCGCGAGAAAAUGGACCUUACGAUAGCGCUGGCUCGUCACUGUAUGCUUUUCCAAGCGCAAAGCUUCAAGGGAUCCCGAGAUAUGCUGAGCAACGAUACGCUCCAGCUCAUGGGAACCUGCUACAUCCCGUCGCCUCUUGCGAGCUGGAACCGAAAUCUCAUGGGAUAUAGCAGUUCGACUGCUGAACAGCGAUGGCUGAGGACCGAUACGAGUAUCAAGCACAAUGACCUCACCAGGCUGUCGCCCAUGGAGCUGUCAAGGGAGGUGGUUAGCCAAGCUGAAGCUGUGAAGUUCUUCAAGGGAUUUCUGCAGCUCAGGCCGACGCUAUCCUUCAUCCCUGGCACAUUUCUGGCACUCAAGGCGCUUAACCGAUUCCCCACGCUGGACUCUUUGAAAGAGCAAGCGACUCACCUCGAUAACGAUCGCAAAGAGCACGGCUACGAUCUCCCUGCCGUGGAUGCGAACGGGAUCGGGGAGGUGGCCGCCUUCCGCAACGAAGACGAUGAUGAGAAUAACCCGUUGAUGCGCGGAUGGGUCUCAUUUAUGAAAGCGAUGGUUGAGACAUACCCCGGCCGAUGUGUUAGCAUCGAUGAUACGCUCAACUGGGGAGCCAGCACCCCCAUGACCUAUGAGGACGGUGCGGGGCAGACUACCAUUCGCCCGACUGAUGGAUGGGUGUAUGUCCCUGCGAUGAAUUCGGACAUAUACGAUCCUCAGGAAACGUUCCUUCACGGAACGAACCUCCGAUAUCUCUGGUCGAUUCUUGCGCACGGAGGCCUGUUCGGGGAGGAUUACGUGACGGACGAUCAUGGAAGUCACGAACCCUGCGUCUGGGUGACUGGAAACGCUUCCGAGGCUGCCGGUAGCUACGCGUCUGGCACAUACCUCGGUGGAGGAUACUGGUUUCAAGUGAUGAUCUGUGUCUCCCGGACUGUGGUGAACACCCACAGUCGCACGACAAAGAAGCUGGGAGGUUCCCAGAAGCAGAUCCGAGUCGGAACUAGAUUCCUCGAGCUGUGUGGAAUCGCGUUUAGGCCCUUCCGCCUCCUGGAUGACCGCGAGCAAGGGGUCUCCACAUCUCCGCACUAUGUCAUCCAUGGUCACCGAUUCCUCAGUGCUGACGGGACAAAAGCCGUGGCCUGGCACCCGUGGAUGGAGGCGAGCCCUAUCGAUCCUCGCAUUCUGAAACUGCUGGGAGAGAGCAUCGCCCGCGACAGCGUCGAGUUUGCCGACCUCACGGUUCAGGGGGGCAACAAUGCUCAAAAGGUUGCUUCUACCGAGACAGAACAAUCUGGAGCGACCGCGGCCGAUGAUCAGGCUGCGGGGGGUGGAAGCGAGGCGACGGAUCGGAUCACUGUCAACCCGGUGGUGCUUCGCCGCAACCACUGGAUGCCUGACUCUUAUGGGGUCAGUGAAAACGCCACUAUCGGUGGUAGGUAUGCCUUGCUAUCCGAGCUUCAAUCCUCUAGCUACCGAUUUGAGCUUGCCCCAUUCUUCCAGCUUCGGGCACCCAUCAUGGGAGAGGAAGGAAGCCAAGGUUUGCCAAAACCUGCAAGGCUCGAGACAAUUGUCGGAGGACCCUCCAAGGAGUGGGAAGCCUGGUGCAGACACUACCGAAAGGCAUACGGUGUCAUGCUCGGGAACUUCGGCCACACGUCCGCAAAGAGCACCAAGAAUAUCCCGUACGCCGAGGAAGGCACAACGGAUAUUGUUAGUGCACCGAUCUGGAGCCCGGCCGAUGCACUUGUGGCAGUAUCGAUCCAUGGGAUCAGAACGGUCACGACCAUGGCCUCCACGAUUGCAUUUGGGGGUGCACCGCCAACGAUCAAGCCGGCGGUACCCAGCAAACCGCAGAGAUUCAUUGUUAUGCACGAUGGCCUGCUGACCUUCAGAUCUACCAAAUCCUGGCACGAUGGUGAAAUGAACGCCCAUCUGAAGAGCGCGCUGGGGGACUUUGGGUUCCCUGAUUCCGAGGUGCGCGUGCAGGCAUUUGGCGAGGACAACAACAAGCUCCAGGAUAUGGUCGACACUCUCGCGAUGAUGCAGAGCGAGACAUCCGUCCCGCCAUCGAAUGUGCACGUCCUCAUCCUUUGGCGGGGAGAAGAUUUGUGGAAGAUAGAUCAGGGCUGGAACAAGCUAACUGGCGACAUCAAUAUGGCACGAUCUCAAUAUGCCAAAACGACCGCUCGGGAUGCUCUCGAAAAGUUCAACACGAUCUACGGAUCGGUGUCCCUUUGCGGUCCAGUAUCGCCGAGUAUGAUAUAUCUUCCGACUCUCCCUGGCCCUCUCUUCGAGAAAUACAGAGAGGAGAUGAGAUCGAUCUGGGACGCGAUGAGGAGAUCCAACCUGCUUACCUUGUCGUUUGACGCUAUCCUGGAAGGUCUGCCAUACCUGAAGGGGUAUCAUAUUAUGCACGAAUCCAAGACGAUUGGGGUCCUAUGCACCCGCAUUUGCUCGAUGUUCACUCUAGCAGCUCUCGCGCGGUUUCCGUCUUACGGGACCCGCCGGGAGUAUGAGAUUGCUGCCGAUAAGAUGUGGGCACGAACCCCAGUUCCGGAAGAGGUCUCGACGGGCGCAGUGAAGGCCAUUGUGCACUCCACUGUGCAGGACCUCAUCGAUAGUGCAGACCGCGGCGCCGAUCAUCAAGCCGCAGGGACUGUCGAUAUGACUCGGCUCGGGUUCGACGAUGACGACGACGACGAAAUGCCUGACGACGUGGGUUCGACCGCCCCCGGGAAUCCGAUCAAACAGGAACGGGGGACGUUAGCGGAUCUACCGGGCGUUCGUCAUCCGGAUCCGAUUGAGCUUCCGGCUACUCCUGUGCCUGGCGAAGCACUGCCAGUAUCACCUGGCCUUGCUCCGACUGCCACGAAUAAUGAUGAAUCUGGCAGCAGUUCUGAUGAGAGCGAUCAGCAAGGGGAUGAUGACGCGGCGAUGUCCGCAGUCGCAAAGGAGGAGUCCGAUGAGGAAUUCAAUGAGCUUCUCGAAGGAAUGACCGAUGAAUUCGCGAAAAUGCCCACUCCUCGAGAUGCCGAGCGAACUGUCGCUGCCAAUCGGGACGCUGCUCGGCCGCCUGCCGUGCCCUCGAUUCCUCUCUCUACGAUGAAGAAGCCGAAGCCGGUUGGUGGCGAGGAAGCCGCGGGGCCCACCGCUGACAAUCGGCAAGCUUAUGCGCACUUCGAGAGCCAAGUCAGUGAAGCUGAAGCUCGCCGCGAGCAAGCUGCGGCAGUGAAAGCGCAUAUCGCUGAAGUGGCGAAGGGCGCCACCGGUGUUGAGAAUGCCGAACAUCUCCGAUCCAUUGCCGAUGGGCUAGCCAGGGUCAUGGACCCGAACAUGAGCGAUGACAACGUGUUUCAGGGUGCCUUGUAUCCCCCGGGUGACUAUGCGCUUGACGCUGUCACGAACCGACUGGCUCAAGGCAGACGACGGGUCGAAUCGAACAGCAAUCUCAUCAGGGAGAUGGCCAGCGACCGAUUCACGCCUGUGCUCAUCAACCGAGACACUGGUGAGACUGUAUCUGCCAUCGAUGCACGAUGGACUCCAGAGUAUGGAAACAGGGGGGAGCUUGAAGCUAAGGUUGGUGCGAUCAUCUCCAACCUGGAUGCUGUGAUUGCGAGCAUGUCAACCCUCCCUGUGUUCCAUCCGCACAUUCCGUCGACGUAUGGUAUGGCUCGAUCGCUUCUCAACACAUACCAGUCGUUACAGAUUGCCAUCCGACACCGUGGCAUGGGUGCGAUGUCCUUUGAGCAGAUGGUAUUCAAGCCAGAGGACCUUGAGGUUCCGACCCCCGAUGAUUGGCCGGACCUUAUCGCGCCUACCCCCGGAAAGGUCAUUCAGUCCAUGCGAGUUGCCCUGGUGAAUAACACAGCAGCGAGGUUGACGAGAGAGGACCUCAAGCUGCCGCCGGGCUUCGCCAUGCAGCGACGAGUGACCGAGUUCCGCAAACCGGACGAGGAUCCGGUGCAGAGCCUAAUGGGGCUCACCGAUGAUUUGAGCUAUGGCUCUAUUGGCCGAACUGGGGACGACAGAUUGUCACAGCUCCAGCGCAGUGUUGCGGUACAGCUGCGAAACACUGCAGGUUUCAUUGCAAACGAGUUCCAGAGGCAUGCUCGAUCUAUUGCUGCAUCCUCCUCGCGUCGCAGUGACGCCUCAGGUGCUCUGAGUAGUCAGGGCGAAGGCGCGGCGGACAACGAUCUUCCGUCCACCGACCAGGCCAGUGCCGCUUCUAUGCGCACAGCACAACCGCCCCCGCCAAGCAUGGCUCCUCCUCCUCCGCCUACAGCGGCGGCACCUCCAAGGGCGUCCGAAGAGAGUGCAAAGGAGGAUGACGAUGACACCAAGAUGGAUGGUGACACGGCCGAUCAGUUGCCCGAGCAGAAACCCGAGGAGGACGCUGAUAUGGGUGGCGGAGAGGAGCUACGAGACGAGGUCCCCGGCAAGGCCCCGCCUCCAGCUGCCCGAACCGCUGAGAACCCUCCGGAGACCGGCGUGCGUCCCAGUCCUCCGAACGUCAUGCCUGCUCAGAGUGCCGUGCUUUCAGGUGCUAGGGGGCCGGAGAUCGAUAUUGAUCCGGCCAGCACCACAGCCGAUCAGGCGGCAAAUGAUCCGAGAAACUGCCGGAUCGAGGGCCCUGGUAUCAAGGCGACAACGAUUCAUCGCCCUGAUCAGCUGCCCGAAAGGGGUAUUGACUCCAUUGCACCGAUCGUACAGUAUGAAAUGACGUCUGUCCCGAUUGCAUUGCCAGAUUUCGUCGUUCCGGGACUCGACAUGGGCAUCGAUGACUCCGUCCAUGGUCGAUUGGUCUCCGCGACCUGUCUCCCACCGACUGACGAGCAGCGCAAGUAUUCGAGGCGCCGAUUCGCGAUGCUGUCCUCGAAUCAGACAGUGUACUUGGAUACAGCGCUUCACAAGAAGCCGCUCCAAGGAGAAUACGAUUCUUUUCUCCGACCGGAAUCUUAUGAGGAUUGCCGCGAAAUCCAUGAGGCUGUCCGAGCAUACAAUGCCAAGGAGGCGACGUACCGAUCUAUCGGCGGAACAUCAGUGACAUGCAGCCGAUUGCUUAUCGAUGACGCACAAAACAUCCCUGCCGCCAGGAUUCCGGACGCAGGCAUGAUUAGUUUGGUGCGUAAGCUGCUGUUCCGAGUGCUGACGCAAACUAAGGAGUACCCCUCCUCGACUGCCGUCAAAGCACAGAAUCGCCCCCAGGAUCAAGAGAGGGGCGUUCCACUGUAUUCUUUUCUCGACCAGAGUGGCAUCAUCGCUUUCGAUGUCAUUCCGCUGUACAUGGAGCGCGAGAGGGAAUACAUGAAAGCCAACGCUGGAGAGUUCAGCGGCAAAACGCUUCUCCAGACUAGCAUUCUGGACGAUAACGAUAAGCCGAGUGAGAUCACCGUCCAAUGCAUUUCGGAGAUUGCUCGAACGGACAACAACCGAAUGUUUGAGUUCUUCUACUCGACGAUCAAUGACGAUGGAAGUCCUCAGUUUGUUGGCAUCCGAGCUACCUAUGGAUUCGGUCCCGAUAAUUUCAACCGAUUCCGACUGCUGACCAAGUGUCAGCACGGGCCGUUCACUCAGCUCGCUCAUGAGCACUAUGUCAAUGGCGAGAGGAAACGAAACGUGGCCCGCUAUCAUCCCCAGUACGGAUGGGGAUGCGCUACGAUCCGCGAGUUCUUCGGAUACAUGACCGAUUGCAAGCUCAAUCCCCCAAAGGGACAGCUCUUCCUCACACUGCUCCCGUUUGCCCCUGGAUCUGGGAAGAACAACGAGUGGGAAGAGGUAUACAUGAGUGUCCGAAUGAACCCGGGACGCGAGACGCUCUCGAACACCGCGUCAUCGCAAAGCAUGCUCCCCGAGGGUAUGGGAUCCAACCGCAUGAUUGUGUUUGCGAUUGAUUUGCACAUGAUUGCGGCAGGCAUCAAUCCGAUUACGUUCCAUCCGAGAGGGUACUACGCGAUCAAGGACAGUAUCCCCCUCGCAUGUAUGCCGAUUGCAUACUUCAUGGAUACGGGAUCUCUAGUGUUCAACACGGCCUUCAAAUAUAUCCGAGGCCCGAAGUUUGGCACCGGACCCAAGAGGGGAGACCACAGACGAGAAUCGUGGCCACUCGCUAGCUUCGACUGCCCCAUGUGCGGAGCUUCAUUCCCUGUUGGUCUCCACAUGUGUCACUCUUGCACUAAGCCGAUUCACUAUCCUGAUGGGAUGUUCUAUGCCGAUCCUGUGAACCCCUUCCAGGUCGAAUACUACGGAAGUCAUGCUGAGUGGCUCAAUGAGCUGAUCGAACGAAACAAGCUUACCGAAUUCAAGCUUCACGAGUUUCCUGCGAUCAAGCAGCUAAGGAAUUUCCCGGUGUCUAGGUCCCUCGCUGAGGAUCAUAGGCAGACUGCAUUCUUCGGAGUGCCACCGAUCAAGUGCACCGCAGCUGACACAUCAGCGAAGGAAGUGGAACUGUUCAAGAGAAGCGUGCGCGGUACGAUUCAAGGCGCCAUUCGCUUGGACAUCUCCAUUGAGAGACUCGUUGCUGGUAUCACUGGCAAAGAAGCUCGAUGCGGAGUAGAGGACUUCCUCAACUCACAGUCGAUUGCGUGUGCUGCCACGAUUGCCAAGCAUUAUGGAGCGGUUUUCGCCACCUGUCGCGAAAAGCCAUUGUGCUACUAUGCACGUUGGUCGAUCCAUUGCCAACGAGCAUAUCGAGUCUGCCUGUCGCGAGGGUAUCUCUCCCCCUAUUACACAGGUGAGACGGUCAAUUAUACCGUUGACCAAGAGAUGGCAGAAAGGAUCCGACUUGCUCAUCUGCCCCUGCAAAACGCCAAUCUGGCGAUGAGGCGGCACAUUCGGCUAUCCACCGAGUUUGGAACGCUGGAUGAAUUCCGUGCCACUAUCACGGAUACGCGAAAGUAUCAACGAUACAUGCGUGUCGACAGUGAGAGCCUUUCCGCGCUCCUGGCCAAGGUUACACUUACCACAUGCUACGGCAUUCCGACAAAAGGUGAGCCUGGCUAUAUCUCUGACGAUGAAGCAGAAGAGAUCGAAGGAGCCGCAGCGGCAAGCCAGAAGCCCAAAGGGAAAGGGAAGGGAGAGGAUGAAUCCAACGUCCAAGCCAUCAACUGGCGCGAGUUGGAUCCCUUGGGACGAAAACUCAUUCCGCAUCAUUCCGACCCCAAAUUCGCGAUUAUUGCUGAGGGGAAUACGGCACUCCUUGAUGCUGCCGAGACGCCGGAAGAGACGCGUAAGGAAUUCAAGGAGUUCGUCCGCGAUCACUCUAUGAAGAUCAAAGAGUGGUUUGACGAAGAUCGUGCGACAGAGAAGACAUUCUUUAAUCUUGUUGAAGGAGUAAAGGAUCAGCUUCCCGAUGCGAAGAGUACUGAUCCGCUUCUGAUGAGCAGGGCUGAAGACGUCUUCGAGGCUCUCCCCGAUGAACUGGAAGAUCCUCCGAGAGUGUUCGAUGUUGCGGCUCGCCGGGCGCGACAGCGAGACCCAACGCCUCAGCGCAGAGUGCAGGUCGCCGAUCAAAGACAAGCACCGAUUCCCGAGGCUCAUGCCGUUCCCAUCCCUACGGAUGAUGAGGACGAGGAUGAUACUGAGCUCGAGCGAGCGGUGCGUCCCGAUCCAACGACACAGCGCACCGGACGAGAGCAUCUUGGAGGUGUUGCUCCUGAGACGGUUCCGUCACCGCCUCGCAGCAUGCCGCCGCCAUCGAAUGUGCCGACUCGAAAGUCACAACGGCAAACAGGCUACGGCGCUGCUCACCCUGAUGGAGAAGCAUUAAGGGUGACGGGGAGGACACCAUAUUCCGAUCAAAUGAAGUUGCCCUCAGUACUGCGGAUGAAGGUCCGGGUCCCGGAGUCAGAUCUGGAUAACCCGACGAUUGAAGACAUCAUUCGCAUGUACCAUGCACCGAACACGCUUCCCAUCAUCAGGAAGAAGGCCGCGAGCGUCAUUAUUGCGAUGGGCGCGAAUCCUGAUGACGAUAUCAACAUGAAGGCUGCCGGCGUUACUGUUCCCCAUACCGAGAAUACAGGGACGGGGCGAGCCGCAUCGCCCGGGAGUACAUCUGCUGCUACACAGGAGCGGAUUAAUCCCCAGUUCCCGGCACCGAGCGUUCGCACUGCGUCGAAUCCGCCGUCGAAGUUGCCUCGCGAUGAAAAAUGGGCUCCUUCGAUUGCGCGACCGGCGCCGGCUCAGGUGAUCAAAAGUGCAGAGGCACGGGGACGCACGCAACAGCGUGCUGCUGAAGCGACGGAUGCCGCACCACCACCUCCUUCCGAUACUGCCUCUUCGGAGCCAAGAUCUCGAACAAUGGGUCCGGCCAGAGAGACCACGGCUAAGGGCAAGUCCCGCACCGGGUCCAAUGUGACAGGCCUCAUCGAUGCCGCCGGUGUCUUCAGGGGAUCCCCGAAGUUCCUGAACAGCAACCAGGUGCUGCUAUAUCGCGGGAGUGACGAGGACCAAGACGGCCCUUGCUGGAAGCUGUCUUGGAAAGAAGAUGGCGAUGACGAUGAAGACAGUGACGAGGCGAAUGACCGCCUGCUGCUGGAACGAUUAUGGUCGCCAGAGGACGUUAAGGAGGACGUUGCAGACCACAAAAUCGGGUGGGACUUCAGCCAGAAAGGUGGAACCUCCUCUUCUCCGCCUACUGGGUCAUGGACACGGGAGAAAGGUGUUGGAAUUUGGGGAAGCCCGGGCAAGAACCCGGUUCAGGUCGCGAAGAUUGACAAUCCGCCUCUGACCUUGCUUCUUUCAGCCCUGGGACUCGCCAAGAAGUACAUUGUUGAGUACAUGGUGCGGUGGCUGAUGGAGGCAACCUGGGAGAGGCUUAAUGCACAGACGUUCGAGCAGAUACUGGCCACAGCGAUUCUGCUGGAUAUUUCCCCACUGCGAAUGCGAUGCUUGCGAUUUGCCGAGACUUGCAGCGAGAUCCGCUCAAGGUACGACGAAGGCAGCAUCACAGAGCCUCUAGUGGCGUUUGAGCUGCAGGCCAUUGCAUGCACGUCGUUCUUAGUGCUGUACUUGAUGUUGAUGCAUGUUGAAGGCACAGGGCUUCAAGCCCUCCAUGUGGUUUUCUUCAAUCUUGGGACUGCUGGGUUACCUUCACUCUCUUUGGCGGAGUUCCUCUCGCAUGAGACCAUAUGA